AUGACCGACGAUACGAAGGUAUGCCCCGCGCUCAACCUGAAGGAGAGCGACCCGGCCGAGAAUCAGGAGGAGGACCGCAUCAUGCGGCACGCCUUCAAGAAGGUGCCCCCGAGCGAUCGGCCUGGCACUGACAACAAGUUUGGCUUCUGGCUCGAGGGUUUCCCUGCCGUGCCAGGCCAGCCCGUUGUGUUGGUGUUCGAGGGCAGGCAGGUGUACCACAGCGGCAACCUGAACGGCGACGUGCAGGAGAACUUCAAGGUGGACCUCCCGCCCAUCACCGCCCAGUCCACGUCCGAGCUCAACAUCCAGCUCAAGAUCGGAACCAAGAACUUUGACAACACGCUCAAGGUGGAUGUCAAGGACGGAAGGAACCUCAAGCUCGUGUUCACCGACAAGGGUCUCUCCAUCCAGCAGAGGUCGCAAGCCUUCUAG